AUGAACGAUCUCCCCCCAAUAGGCAAACAGGCUAAAGCGCAAGCUCCUCGAGACCGGCAGCACACGCCCUAUGGCACCGACAUUAGCAAAUUGUGGGAUGGAACGGCUGAGCUGGGCUCUGCUGGCACAGGGCAGGUCACAAGCACGGGCGGCCAUGUCGGCGCCGCGCGUGUGGGUGGAGUGGAGGGGAGGGGAGUGUUGCUGAGUGAUGGAUGGCCUGCAGGCUGCGUGGCGCCCACCAUCUGCCUGCACCACGUCAGCCCUGCACGCCCGAAAUGUUGGACGCUGCUGUCGCUGCUGCUGCUGGCGCAGGCGCCGCGGCUGCGCUCUGAGCCGGCUGCGCCAGCCGCCGACGCCGCCCCCGCAGCCGCCGCCGCCGCCCCCGGCGACGCCGCCCCCGCGGGGCCUGCGCCCGCCCCCUGCCGCCCCUCGGAGUUCACGUGCCACAAGAGCGCCCGCUGCGUGCCCCUCAACCGCUUCUGCGACCAGCGGCACGAUUGCCAAGACUCGUCGGACGAACCGCGCGGCUGCACCCCGUGCAACCGCACCUACUACGGCGACCUGGGCCGGACGUACGAGUUGGAGCUGCACCGGCCUCGGGAGGACCGCCUGCCUUUCGUCUGCAGGCUCACCUUCACCGCCAGCGGUGGCGACCUGGGUGACCUCGUGCAGCUGACGUUCGAGAGCUUCACGCUGGGCCGCUUCGUGUCGUUCACGGCGGACGGCUGCCCGGACGGCGCGCUGCACAUCUCCGAGUCGGAGCGCCCGCGCGGCGGCGGCGAGUGGUGCGGCCCGUCCUGGGGCUCCGCCGUCUACGUCAGCGAGACGCGCUCCGUGUCGCUGCUGCUGCGCGUGCUGCGGCUGGCGCGCGCCGGCCAGGGCGCGGCCGCCGCCGCCGCCGGGCACGGCUUCGACUUCCGGCUCGCCUACAAGACGCUGCCGCGGGCCGCCGCCGUCGUGCGCUACGGCCCGCCGCACGCGCCGCCGCCGCCGCCGCCGCCGCUGCUGCUGCCGGGCCCGGGCCGGCACAACGAGAGCGAGGGCGGCGCCGGCGAGCCGGAGGCGGGCUUCCACCUGGGCGAGCUGAUGGCGGGCACGUCGUGCUCGCGCCUCUUCAGCGAGUGCUCGCGGCGGCCGUGCCGGCUGCAGUCCCCCAACUGGCCGGGCGUGUACCCGCGCAACGCCACCUGCUACUACGCCGUGCGCCAGCACGAGGCGCCGCCGGGCCAGCACGCGCUCAUCGCCGUGCGGCAGCCGCGCGGCCAGCUCGUCGCGAUCCGCAGCAGCCACCUCAGCGGGCAGCCGCGCAUCGGCGACGGCUCCGGCGUCGCCGCGCCCCCCGCCGCCGCCGCCCCCGGCUCCGGGCUCGCCUCCGGCGCCGCCUCCGACCGCUCCCAGCACGACCGACGACUCAAGGUGUGGUCGGAGUGCGACGAGGUGCAGGACUACGUGACGGUGUACGACGGCUACACGACGCGCGACCCGGUGCUGCUGCGCUUCUGCGGGGGCGGCGAGCCGGUGCCUGAAGCCGUGAGCAGCGGGCCCGAGCUGCUGGUGCAGUUCUCCACCGCGCCCUACGGCACCUUCCUGCAGCAGCCGCCGCCGCCGCUGCCGCUGCAUGGCUUCCAGCUGGACGUGCAGGUGCGGUACGUGCCGCAGCAGUCGUGGACGUACGUGCGCAACAAGCGGUGCGAGUUCUCGGUGGAGGGCCCGCCGUGGCGCGGCUGGCUGGAGGCGCCCCGGCACUCGCUGCCGCGCGGCGCCACCUGCCGCUACGCGGUGCGCGCGCCGCCGGGCCGGCGCGUCUGGCUGGCGCUGCUCAAGUUCCACGCGGCCGGCGACCCGCCGCAGGGCUGCGACGCCGCCAGCCUCGCGCUCUUCGACGGAGAGCUGCCGCCCGCGCCGCACGCCCUCUGCCUCGCCGUCGACCGCCAGUGCGAGCAAGACAAGAAGGAUAAGGUGCGUUUCCCGGCAGGAGGAGGCGGCGCUGCCCCUGCGGCCAACGGCAACGCCAACGGCAACGGCAACGGCACGCUGCUGGCGCGCUUCUGCCGCGACGUGUCGCCGCGCUCGUGUGAGCACGCGCUGCUGCGCGCCAACGCCUCCAGGCCCUGCUCGCCCACCGAGAGCUUCCUCUCAGCCGGCCCCGUGCUCACCCUGCAGAUGCACGUCCGGGAGGCCACCGCGCUCAGGCCGGUGGAGUUCGUGGCUCAGUACGAGUUCGUGGACGUCCGCGAGGCCGGUGAACCGCUGGCGGGACCACGACGGCCUUGCGCGCGGCAGUUCUCCGCCUCGCCGCAAGAUGGCCUGCAGGAGCUCUCCACGCCGCCCAACGUCUUCUUGUACGGUCGCGGCGGCGCGCACAACAUCAGCUGCACGUACCGGCUGUCGGCGGCGGCGCCGGUGGCGGCGGGCGAGCGCGUGCAGGUGAACGUGUGGCUGCUGGACGUGCCGUGGCCCGACGCGCCGCCGCUGCGCCGCCGCCUGCUGUGUCCGGCCGGCGCGCCCUUCUCCUUCCUGUCGGCCGCCGCCGCCGUCGAGCUGCGCUUCCGCGUCACCGCCAUGAACGCCACCGAGGACUUCUCGCACAUCGGCUUCCACGCCACGUGGCGCGCCGUCGCCGCCGAGCCCUGCGCCGAGAACCGCCGCCUCUCCGGCCCUAGCGGAGAAAUUCGUCUGCGCUCGCCGGAGAAGGAGUACUGUGACGGCCAGCCGUGGCUGAUCGAGCCCGGCGUGGGCCGGUACCUGUACGUCAAGAUCCGCGGCAUCGCGCUCAACGAGACGGACGGCGAGGGCGGCGGGAGCGACGGGGGCCUGGGCGGCGCCGCCCACGAGCCGCUCGUCGUGUGCCCGUCGCCGGCGCGCCACGACCGCCGCCACCGGCUCGUCGAGCUCUUCUCGGAGGGCUGGCUGCCGCACGACGCCGCCGCCACCACCCGCGGCGUCGUCGUCGAGCUGCGCGCCGUCGAGCCCGGCGCCUACUCGCUCACCUGGCUGGAGCUCGCGCGGAGGCGCAGCGUGCACCCGCCGGAGAACUUCGUGCAGGACGACUGCCCGCACCGCUGCCCGGAGCUGGACGCGUGCAUCAACGCGUCGCUGUGGUGCGACGGCGUGGCGCACUGCCCGUCGGGCGCGGACGAGCGGCUGUCGGAGUGCUGGGCGCGGCUGGUGCCUCUGCCGUGGGCCGCGGCGGCGCUGGCGGCGCUUUCUGCGGGCUACGUCGAGGUCGACCGCGUCACCACCGUCUGA